CAACAGCCCAGCUGACUCACCGGCAGGAAAUCCCGAGCUGCUUUUGAACGCGGUUCAAAGCCGACUCACACUUGGUAUCACACCAGUUCUACUCCAUCGUUCCGUAGUUUUAUGUUUCCAGAGCCAGCCAUCAAGAAAUGGCCAAUCCAUUACCUGUGGUAGCCCAGGAAGAUUUGGAAAGCUUUACCUUGACCAGGACAGGCUCAGGCUUUGCACUCAAAGCCUUUCAUAUUUCCUGGAGCACUCCCAUCUCUGUGAAGGUGCUGACCAGCCAGGACACUACAGACAGAGAGUGGAAGUUGCUACUUCAGGAUAUUGCAAGUGUCAGAUGCUUUGAGUCUGAACGUCUCCUGCCUUUCCUUGGGAUUUACCAGUGCCAUGGACUGGUGGGGAUAGUGACUGAAUGGAUGAACAAUGGCUGCCUCCACUCCCUCAUCCAUGAGCAUCAACUGUACCCAGAGCUUCCCUUUCCCUUACUCAUAAGGAUCCUGUCGGAUGUGGCUGAAGGGCUGCAUCAUCUUCACAGCCUCGAACCUGCUCUCUGCCACUGCAGCCUGAAACCUUCCAAUGUGCUUUUGGAUGUGCAGUACAGAGCCAAGAUAUCAGAUUAUGGCCUAACCAACUGGAGGAAACAGCAGCUGAAGUCAGACCUGCAGAACUGCCAGCAGAGAAACUGCCAGGAUUUAGUGUAUCUUCCUCCUGAAAUACUUGAAGGAGGCCUCCCUUCCCAGGAAGGUGAUAUUUACAGUUUUGGAAUCUUGUGCUGGGAGAGCCUCAGCAGACAGAAACCUUUUGAAGGCCAAGGACCCCUGCUUGAUGUUUUGAGAGGAAUCUGCAGCAGUUUGAGGCCAGGCAUUUCAGAAAAGUUAAUACCAAGCAAUUUGCCUGAGAGGAACAGACUACUGCACCUCAUUGCUCUGUGCUGGCAUCAAGAACCAGAUUACAGACCACAUACUGCAGAAUGUGUACACCUUCUAAAUGGAGUUUUGACUAGUAUAAAUAAGGAGGUAAUUUCUGCAGCAAUCUACAAUUUGAUGGACGCAAAGGAGAGAGCGCUUAACGCAUGCAAAGGCUCAGAGACCUUCACCCUGCAGAGAGGCACAUGCAAUUCAGAGAUCAUCUGUCCACAAAAAGGCAAUCGCUUAAUCAGCAAGAAAAUUCCUCUUGUAGUGCCAAGCUUGCCAAAUGUUCUACUUGAUAGCAGUGCAAAUACAGCAGGAAGAGAUAAUAUUGAGAUGGGUGUCUCAAGUACUACCCCACAGAAUGCAACAGCAACCAAAGAUCACCCAGGCUCUGAGAGAAGAAAAUCAAGCUCCUUUUGCACAAAUCCUUCAUCUGGUUCAACUGCAGGCAAAGAGAGCAGUCAGCACAGCUCCCCAGCACUGGCUCCUAAGCACAGACCACAGCCAAUGUACCUUGGACAAGCAGUGACAGGUCCUUGCAGCAAAGGAAACUGCUGUCAAAUCCUUGCCUGCCAGAGACAGAGCAUACUGAGCUGCAUGACAGAAGGACGCCUGAACCACCUGCUGGACGUGCUCCGCUCGCAGCAGACCCUGUCCCGAAUGGAUUACGAGAGCAUCACCUCCUGCCCCACCGUGACCGCCCGCGCCCGGGCACUGCUGGACACCUGCCUGUGCCUCGGGGAGAGGGCAGCACAAGCUGUAGUGACUGCACUUUCAGUGAACAAAUGUAUUCCUCUGGGACAAGUCAUUCAUGCCCAGACUGUCCUUCCAAGAAGGGAGGAAAAUGAAUCAUGACUUUUUGGAGGUCACAAUAUGGAAGAAUGGCUAUUUAUAAAUACUUCCAAAUAAGGAUAAUGAUCAACAGAAUACUGGAUGAGGAGAAAAAACUGACUGCCUUUCACUGCAC